AUGUGUGUGGUCCUACCAACCUCUCAAACCCACAGUUUUAUAGAGAAGACCAAUCUGAAUGCAGAAUGGUGCUUUGGAUUCCAGUCUGUUGCUGUAAUAACGAAUUGUCGUGUCGUUUUCAACGAAAUUGGCCCCGAUGGAGCAGCUGCUACCGCUGAUGAAGAUGAUCGGCUCUUUCCUAAAUGCUUACGCACCACCCGAAGCCCUGUAGGCAAGUUUCCCGAUGUGCCUUUCGGUGGAGGACCUAGGAUGUAUAUCCAAUUUUUUUGGGUACGUGGAUAUACAUCUUUGUACUUUAUCUUCCUAUCUUGA